CCGCAGGACACUACCGCAGGCCAGCAGGACCAGCAGGGCGCAGCCACAGCUGCAGGCCGCUAUAGCCGUGUCGACCGGCCGCCUGUAGGCCGCCUCGGCCGCCUCCAAUCAACGGCAAGCCCGGCUCUGCCCGGCUCUAGCCGAGUGCGACGUCGAGCGACACCAAGGCGACGCACCGCGGGGCACCGCGACGCCCAGUGACGCCCGUCCCGCCGCGCCGUCCCGUCCGGGCCCCGUCGGCCCCGCGCGCGUCCAGCUGGCCGGGCGUCGUCGUCGUCGCCGUGUCCUACCGCCACCCGCCAAGACGCCGUCGUCCUGGCCGCCGCCGCCGCGAGUGCGUGCGCGUGUGUGAGCGUCCUCCUCCGGUCGACGAGGUGGAGGUGAUGCCCGACUGGACGACGAGCGGACACGACCGCAGCCAUGCCAGCGUGCCGUCCUGACGAGCGCCUCAGGCGGCGGGGUCCCAUGCUGCCGCUGCUGCUCCUGCCGCUGCUGCUGCUGCAGCCGACCUGCGGUGGACCGCUGGACUCCCAGCAGCUGGACGCGGCCGCAGCGCCGUCGGCCUCCUCCGCGCCGCUGCGGGGAUGGGCGUCGGUCGCCCCCCCAGCCGACGUGGCAGCGCCGGCCACGGCGCCCGCCCCGGGGUCCGUGGCCGCCGUGUGGGAUGGAGACCGCUGGCAGGGGCAGGUGCCGUGGCCGCCGCCUCCGCCGCCCCCGGACAACUACCCGCCGCCGCCGCAGCCAACGUACGAUCCGAGGUACUCCUACGGGGACUACGCCGCCGCUCCGCCCCCGGGGCUGCCGCCCCUGCCAGCGCCGGCCCCCGGCUCCAUCGACAUCGAGUCUGAGGCCCCGCACGGCAUCCACGUGGCCAACUGGCGCUGGAACGAGGUGGGGAUCUUCUUCACCUUCACGGCCUUCAUCGUCAUCUGCGGGCUGGCCAAAGUCGCGUUCCACCACGCGCACUGGCUGUCGUCGCGGAUACCCGAGUCGUGCCUGAUGAUCUGCGUGGGCGUGGCGGUGGGCGGCGUCCUGUACCUCUGCGGCGUGCCCGAGCCGGAGAACAAGGAGGACCGCGUGGUCCCGGACGAGUUCCAUCUGCCAACCUUCACCCCGCGGCUCUUCUUCCUCAUCCUGCUGCCCCCGGUGAUUCUGGAGUCGGCGUACUCGCUUUACAAUCGAGCGUUCGCCGUCAACUUGCAUACCGUGCUGCUCUACGCCAUUGUGGGCACCUUGUUGAACACGUUCACCAUCGGCCUGAUGCUGUACGCGCUGUCCGAGGCCGGCGCCAUCGGCCGCCUGCCCGUGGACUCGGGCAGCUCCGUGCACGUCACCCUGCCCGACUGCAUGGUGUUCUCGGCGCUCAUCUCGGCCGUGGACCCCGUGGCCGUGCUCGCCAUCUUCCAGGAGGUGGGCGUUAACCAGGACCUGUACUACCUCCUGUUCGGCGAGUCGCUGCUGAACGACGCCGUGACUGUGGUGCUGUACACCACGAUGGUGACGUUCGCCGAGCUGCCAGAGGUUCACGGCGAGCAGUACGUCCUGGCCGUGCUGGCCUUCUUCACGGUGAGCCUGGGCGGGCUGUCGCUUGGGGUAGUGUUCGGGCUGGUGACGGCGCUGCUCACCAGGACCACGGAGGAGGUCAGAGUGGUGGAGCCGCUGGCCGUGCUGGGGAUCGCCUACCUGUCGUACAUCACGGCAGAGCUGUUCCACUUCUCCGGCAUCAUCAGCAUCAUCGGCUGCGGUCUCGCGCAGUCACACUACGCCCUGAGGAACAUCUCCAGCAAGUCCUACACCACCGUCAAGUACUUCACCAAGAUGGUCAGCUCCACGUCGGACGCCAUCAUCUUCCUCUUCCUCGGCAUGGUGCUGGUGAGCGAUCGGCACGUCUGGCACACGGGCUUCGUCUCGUGGACCCUCUUCCUCUGCCUCAUCUGUCGAUUCGGCGGAGUGUUGCUGCUCACGGGGCUGUCCAACAUGUUCCGCGCCAAGAAGAUCAACCUCCAGGAGCAGUUCAUCAUGGGUUACGGCGGCCUCCGCGGCGCCAUCGCCUUCUCGCUCGUCGAGAUGCUGGACGAGCAGACGGUGCGGCCCCGACACGUUAUGCUCACCACCACGCUCGUCGUCAUCCUCUUCACCAUCUUCUUCCAGGGCGCGACCAUCAAACCGCUGGUGAAGCUCUUGAACAUCGAGAAAAGCAGAGACUGCGCCAAAACGCUCAAUGAGGAGAUUAGUGACAAUGUCCUCGAUCACAUGAUGGCGGGCAUCGAAGAAAUCGUCGGAGUCAGAGGAGACUUUUACAUUCGACGCAAGUGGGAGUACGUGGACGAGGUGUACCUCAAGCGCAUCUUCCUACGCGACGCCAACAAGGAAAACUCUCUGACCAGACUGUACGAAAAGCUGGCCCUCACGCAACAUUUCGCCCACCUGUACGGCCCCGUGACGCUGGUGGAGGACCACAAGGCCACCAUCCUGCACAACGGGGACGCGCUGGGCGAGGUGGACUCCGAGGAGACCGGGACGCAGACGUCCGUCGAGCAGGGCCUGGACCAGCGCUUCCCCGGCGUGCAGCUGCGCCGCCGCUCGCCGUACGACUGGCCCCCGGCCCCGGGGCCCGCGCAGGUGCGGGCGUCCUGGCAGCCCGGGACCGUCGGCGGCGGCCUCCCCCCGGCGCUCGCACUCCGGCGGACGUCGAGCGCCGCCGCCAGGUCGAUGGGCAGCACCAGCUACCACCUGUCGGCGCAGGAGGUGGCCGAGAGCACCGAGACCCUGCGCAAAGCGUUCCGCUCCAGCCCCUACCAGAAGUACUGCGGGCGCUUCGGCCGGCACGCCGUGGACGACGAGAGUCAGGACCUGUCGGACCAGCUCAAGCGGCGCCACCUCACGGCCCGCCGCAUCACGAGCAUGGCCGCCCUGGUGCACCGCAACACCCACGUCAGCGACCCCUCGCUGGGGGCGGCGGGCGCGCUCACGGCCGCGCUGGGGCUGGGCCAGCUGCCGCGCCGCCAGAUCCACUCAGAGCUCGACGAGCUGCUGCCGGAGGAGCUGGAGGGGAUCGAGGUGAUCCUGCACCGCGCCGGGCAACGCGCCACCCGGCGGCCGCCGAGCUCGACCAGCAGCACGAGCAGCGGCGGCGGCGGCCUGGCGGCCGGGGCGGGCGCGGGCGCGCUGGCGCUGACGGGCGCCCUGGCCGGGGUGGGCGCGCUGGCGCCGCUCGCGGGCCGCGGGCUCCACGUGCGCCCGCACUCGCUGCAGCCGCGGGGCGCCGCGCCUCUCGUGGCGCGCCAGGAGACGUCCGCGUCCAUCGCCGUGCUGCCGACGGCCGAGUCCGAGCCGCUCAUCCCGCCGCCGCCUCCACCCCCCGCCGCCUCCGCCCCAGGCCCCGCGCGCCGCGUCUCGCUGCAGAUGCCCAACCUGGAGGGUAUCGCCGAGCACCCCGCCGGGCCGCAGCAGCCCCCCACUGCGCCGCCCCCGGCCAACAACGGCGAGGAGGAGUCCUCCGUGUGACGACAUCAUGGGGUGUUCCCAGUCACUGUGGGAUUUACUACGCGCCACUUAUUUGAAGUCAUAUCGCCCUUUUCUUCGGACUUCUUGGCUGCUUUGUUUCUGGACGCAGAACAGUUUUGUCCGACUACAAGAGGAGCGUUGUGGAGCUAGGGAAGAUGUGCCAACCCUAGCUAACAGCCAACAGCCAAGCCACCAGCAGCCAGUCCUUUCAUGUAAAUUUCUGGCGAGAAGUCAUCACCUUGAAUAGGACACUCUGUGUAGGGAUGUAAUAUUUGUAUUUUAUGUUCAAAAGUUUUGAAGAAUGUUCAUCUAUCUCUCUCACUGGAUAUAUAAGUCCCUUUGUCUCUCGACCCCUGAUAUUUGGAAUGUGUAAAUGACUUUGAAUUUAAAGUAAUAAUAGACAAGGCAUCACGAAGAUAAUGCCUGUAUCGACUUCCUAGCAGUAAGAAUUUGAAUAAACAUUGAGUGUCUAAUGAAGGGCAUGGUUCAUAUAUUUUUGCAAGAGACCAAGGUAUCUUAUGAAUCUGCUUUUGUUAUUUUAAGAGAUGUGAUGUAAUCUUCGAAAGGAGAAUGAUGAGAAAACGUACUAUAGUACUCUGCGAGUAUUCAACCAACGGUGAAGUCCAUAUAUGUUGUGAAACUGUAUCUAAGCUGCCUGUAUUAAACUUUCUAUAUUUCUACACAA